UUUUCCAGUGAGGCCAACUGGCUCUGUCUGAGGCAGGAAUUCUUGAGCGCUGAAUGAGCUGCAGUUCCUUCAGCUGCAGUGAAAGCCGCCCAGAGGAGAAAACGAGAUCCAGCUGCACGGGGCCCUUUAAAUGCCCAAGCUCCACCCCCAAGCCUGCCCUCCCUGCCGGGAAGUGAUGCCUUGGGCUGGGUGCGGGAGUUUCCCCCGUCUGAGGAGUCUUGCAGUCAGCCACACUUCUGGAUGUGAGUACUUCUUACUGGCCCCAAAGCCCCGAAAGUUACUAUGGCAACCGAAGAGUCCAUCAUCCGAAUCCCUCCAUACCACUACAUCCAUGUGCUAGACCAGAACAGCAAUGUGUCCCGUGUGGAGGUUGGGCCAAAUACCUACAUCCGGCAGGACAAUGAGAGGGUCCUGUUUGCCCCUGUGCACAUGGUGACUGUCCCCCCACGCCACUACUGCACUGUGGCCAACCCAGUGUCUCGGGAUGCCCAGGGCUCAGUGCUGCUCGAUGUCACAGGGCAAGUACGGCUCCGCCACGCUGACCUAGAGAUCCGGCUGGCCCAGGACCCCUUCCCCCUGUACCCAGGGGAGGUACUGGAAAAGGACAUCACCCCACUUCAAGUCGUUCUGCCCAACACUGCUCUUCAUCUUAAGGCAUUGCUGGAUUUUGAGAAUAACAGUGGAGACAAGGUAGUUGCAGGAGAUGAGUGGCUAUUUGAAGGACCAGGCACGUAUAUCCCCCAGAAGGAGGUGGAAGUUGUAGAGAUCAUUCAGGCCACGAUCAUCAGGCAGAACCAGGCUCUGCGCCUGAGGGCUCGUAAGGAGUGCCAGGACCGGGACAACAAGGAGAGGGUGACAGGAGAAGAAUGGCUGGUCCGCUCUGUGGGUGCAUAUCUCCCGGCGGUGUUUGAAGAGGUUCUGGAUUUGGUGGAUGCUGUGAUCCUUACAGAAAAGACAGCCCUGCACCUCCGGGCUCGGCAGAACUUCCGAGACCUGAGGGGAGUGGUGCACCGUACUGGGGAGGAGUGGCUGGUGACGGUGCAGGACACGGAGGCCCAUGUGCCAGAUGUCUAUGAGGAGGUGCUGGGGGUCGUGCCCAUCACCACCUUGGGCCCCCGUAACUACUGUGUUAUUCUCGACCCAGUUGGACCGGAUGGCAAGAACCAACUGGGACAAAAGCGUGUGGUCAAGGGAGAGAAGUCUUUUUUCCUGCAACCAGGAGAGAGGCUGGAACGAGGCAUCCAGGACGUAUAUGUGCUGUCAGAGCAGCAAGGGCUGUUGCUAAGGGCCCUGCAGCCCUUGGAGGAGGGGGAAGACGAGGAGAGAGUCUCACACCAGGCCGGUGAUCACUGGCUCAUCCGUGGACCCCUGGAGUAUGUGCCGUCUGCCAAGGGGGGGGGGGGAAAAGAAGCACAGGCCAUCCCCCUGAACGAGAAUGAGGGCAUCUACGUGCAGGAUGUCAAGACCGGAAAGGUGCGUGCUGUGAUUGGAAGCACCUACAUGCUGACGCAGGACGAGGUCCUGUGGGAGAAAGAGCUGCCUCCUGGGGUAGAGGAGCUACUGAACAAGGGGCAAGACCCUCUGGCGGACAGGGGUGAGAAGGCGAUGAGCAAGACCCUUCAGCCCUCUCUUCCCCGGAACAAGACCCGCGUAGUCAGCUACCGCGUCCCUCACAACGCUGCCGUGCAGGUGUAUGACUACAGAGAGAAGAGAGCUCGCGUGGUGUUUGGGCCCGAGCUGGUGUCGCUGGGUCCUGAAGAACAGUUCACGGUGUUGUCCCUCUCGGCCGGGCGGCCCAAGCGUCCCCACGCCCGCCGGGCACUCUGCCUGCUGCUCGGUCCUGACUUCUUCACAGACGUCAUCACCAUCGAAACCGCAGAUCAUGCCAGGCUGCAGCUACAGCUUGCCUACAAUUGGCAUUUUGAGCUGCGUGACCGGAAGGACCCCCAAGAGGCGGCUAAGCUCUUUUCGGUGCCCGACUUCGUGGGUGAUGCCUGCAAGGCCAUUGCAUCCCGGGUACGGGGGGCCGUGGCCUCCGUCACCUUCGAUGACUUCCAUAAGAACUCAGCCCGCAUCAUUCGCACUGCCGUCUUUGGCUUUGAGACCCUGGAAGCCAAGGGGCCCAAUGGUGAGGCCCUGCCCCAGGCCCGGGACCGGGCCAUCUUCCCCCAAAACGGACUGGUGGUUAGCAGCGUAGAUGUGCAGUCAGUAGAGCCUGUGGACCAGAGGACCCGGGACGCCCUGCAGCGCAGCGUCCAGCUGGCCAUUGAGAUCACCACCAACUCCCAGGAGGCAGCUGCCAGGCAUGAGGCUCAGAGACUAGAACAAGAAGCCCGUGGCCGCCUUGAGAGGCAGAAGAUCUUGGACCAGUCAGAAGCUGAGAAAGCUCGCAGAGAACUCUUGGAGCUGGAGGCUCUGAGCACUGCUGUGGAGAGCACUGGGACCGCCAAGGCGGAGGCCGAGUCCCGCGCAGAGGCAGCACGCAUUGAGGGACAAGGCUCUGUGCUGCAGGCUAAGUUGAAGGCAGAGGCCUUGGCCAUUGAGACGGAGGCUGAGCUUCAGCGGGUCCAGAAAGUGCGAGAGCUAGAACUGGUCUAUGCUCGGGCCCAGCUGGAGCUGGAGGUGAGUAAGGCCCAGCAGCUGGCUGAGGUGGAGGUGAAGAAGUUCAAGCUGAUGACGGAGGCCCUGGGCCCCAGCACCAUCAGGGACCUUGCCGUGGCAGGGCCAGAGAUGCAGGUAAAACUGCUCCAGAGCCUGGGUCUGAAAUCAACCCUCAUCACUGACGGCUCCACUCCUGUCAACCUCUUCCACACAGCCUUGGGUCUACUGGGGCUAGGGUCUGAGGCCCAGUCCACAGCCAAAAAUGCGACCGGGGGCCAUGGGCCUGAAAAAGGCUUGCUUCUCCAGUCCUCCGCUGUUCCUCAAGUUUUUGGAAGCAGCCGUACUGUGCCUUAGCUUCACGUUGCAUCGACAAAUAAACCGUAACACUCCUGGGCAUUUAAA